GGCGCACUGCGUGGCUUGCCUAAUUCCCUAGACCGGACAGAGGCGGCCGCGCUGAGGACAAGCCACCCGGCUCCAGCCCCUUGUUCGGGCGGCUCUGGACCUACCCCCUGUGCGCGCUCUAGCGGGGCCGGAAGCCGCCAGCGGGUCAGGUGCAGCUCGGAGCAGCGCUCGAAGCUGCCCAAGGACACAGCUUUGAGAUAGUCAUGUGGUGCUGAGACCAUCUGGACGUUGUACGUGAUGGAGCCCAGUUCAGUCCUCUGUAUAAACUUCAGGAUUCUGGCAGGCGGGUGUGGAGAUCUGUUCAUCUUGCAGCCACCCAAGACAAGCUUGUUCUGGAGGCCGGAAGUCUGAGAUCAGGGUGCCAGCAUAAUGAAGGCCUUCUUCCUGGUUCAUAGCCAGCAACUUCUUGCUGUGUCCUCACAUGGUGGAAGAGAUGCAGGUCUGUGGAACCAGAAUAGCAUCUGUAGCAGCUGAAGUCAUCCUAGGCUCUUGGCCCUGUGUCCUGGCAGCAAUUUGAUAUGAAGAUGGCAGCCAGGGUGCUGUGGGGCAGCCUCAGCCUGCUCCGCCUGGUGUGGUGUCUCCUUCCGCAGACAGGCUACGUGCACCCAGAUGAGUUCUUCCAGUCUCCUGAGGUCAUGGCAGAGGACGUCCUGGGCAUAAAGGCCGCGCGGCCCUGGGAGUUUCACCCCAGCAGCCCCUGCCGUACAGUGGUCUUCCCACUGCUGACCUCUGGCUCCGCCUUCUGGCUGCUCAGGCUCUGGGAAGAGUGGGGGCCGUGGCCUGGCCCGGUGAGCGGCUAUGCGCUGCUUGUCGGGCCCCGCCUCCUCCUCGCUUCCCUCUCCUUUGCCCUGGACUUGGCCGUGUACCACCUAGCCCCACGCUGGGGGGCGGAGCGCUGGAACGCCCUGGUCCUGCUGUCUGGUUCCUACGUCACCUUGGUCUUCUACACAAGGACCUUCUCCAAUGCCAUUGAGGGGCUGCUCUUUGCGUGGCUGCUGGUACUGGUAUCCCCCCGUGUAGCUGGGAGCUGCACUCCCAAGAAGCCUGCUCCAGGCCCGCCGUGGCACAGUUGGCUUCUUGGGGGUGUCAUGGCUGCUGGCUUCUUCAACCGGCCCACCUUUCUGGCCUUUGCUCUGGUCCCCCUCUUCCUCUGGGGUACUUAUGGAGCCACAAACCCCAGCUUCAAGUCGCUGACCAAGGAAGCCCUGGUGCUGCUCCCAGGGGCGACCCUCACAGCAGUGGGGUUUGUGGCUGUGGACAGCUGCUAUUUCUCCAGUCCAUCUAGACCCAGUACCCUUGUCCUUACACCUGCCAACUUCUUGUACUACAACCUGGAUCCCGUAAACCUGGCGAGGCAUGGCACACACAUGCGGCUCACUCACCUGGCAGUCAAUGGCUUCCUGCUCUUUGGGGUGCUGCAUGCCCACGCCCUGCAGGCCGCGUGGCAACAGCUGCGAGCCUGCCUCCAGGCCUUCACACAGAUGGGCUUCCCAAGGGCACUGGCUGCCCGAAGCCUGCAGUCCAGCCCCAGGUCUCACCUCCUGCUCCUCUACUUCAUGCCCCUGGCCCUGCUGUCUGUCUUUAGCCACCAGGAGGCUCGGUUCCUAAUCCCCCUCCUGGUCCCCCUCGUCCUGCUUUGUAGUCUACAGACCCAACUGGCACCCUGCAAGGGCACCCUGGUCCUCUUCAAUGCCCUGGGUGCCCUCUUCUUCGGCUGCCUGCACCAGGGGGGCCUAGUGCCUGGCCUGGGGCACCUGGAGCAGGUGGUUCGCGCUCCUGCGCUCCCACAGGUACCCACCCACUACACACUCCUAUUCACCCACACCUACAUGCCCCCCCGGCACCUCCUGCACCUCCCGGGCCUCGGCUCGCCUGUGGAGGUGGUGGACAUGGGCGGGGCUGAGGACCAGCUCCUGUGCCAAGCCCUCAGCAACCUCACCAGACGACCAGCCUGCCACGUGGCUGGUGGGCCGUGGCUCUGCCGCCUUUUUGUGGUGACCCCUGGCACCACCAGGUCUGCCAUGAAGAAGUGCAGCUUCCCCCUCAAGAGUGAGACACUCAUCUUUCCCCACUUGACUCUGGAGGACCCACCGGCCCUGUCCUCCCUGCUGAGUGGGGCUUGGAGGUACCAUCUCAGCCUUCACAUCCUGGAGCUGGGGGAGAAGCCUGACAAUAUGACAGAAAAGCCCCUGCCCAAGACUCAGCCAUAGGUGAAGGUGCUGCUCCACCUUCUAGGUAGAGAGCUGGGCUGGGACAGAGCCCUGACUCUCUUCCUUCCCUUUCCCUUCCAGAAUCCCCACCUCUCCUGUGCACAGCUUUUGACUGCUCCACCUUCUGGGUAAACUGACACCCAUCUUCCCUCAAAAACCAAAGAUCUGACCAGUCACAGUCCUGAUGCCAAGGUCCCCAAAGAACCUGGUGAAAUCAAUGACGCAAACUGCCUGUUCCUGCCCUAUUCCUUCCAGCCACUGUGAUGUUUUAAACAUAUAAAUAGCACCUGAUUGUGAAAGGAGACAACAAUCUCCUAAUGACUUUCCUGAAUGACUCGCCCCAAACCUUCCAGGAUGCCUUACCUCUUGCUGUCAUGACAACCCUUUGGCUUCCUAGAUACCUGGAAGGAGGCAGUGUAGUGAUGUAGAAAGAGCAGGUAGCUCAUAUUCAGAGGAGUUAGUUCUCGUCCCUGGUCUGCUACACACUGGCUAUGUAAUCUUAAGAGAGCCCCUUCCCCUCACCCAGCCUCAGUUUUCCAGUCUGUACAAUGGAUCAGAAGGUCUCUGAGGUGUCUGCCAGCUAACACUGUGUCAUUCCUGGGUCUGCAGCACAUGUUCCCUGGCCAGACAGGCAUGUCUCUCCCAAAGCUCUGUAAGCAUAGAAGUGGGUGUGGCAUAUUUAAUGGCACUUCAGGGCCUACCUACCGUCUCAGUGCUUGGUUAUUACCAAAAAAAGUAGUUCUGGAACUUUUCUGCCCACCCACUCUCUUACUCCUGUCCCUGAGAGAGGUGAUGGAACGUUUCUGCAUCUCACCCUUGAGGGAUCAAGCCCAGAUGUUCUCCCUUCUCAGUUGGCCCCAGUGGGAAUGGAGAUAGAAGGCUCAGUCAGUAUCUGGUGGCACUUGAGCACAAAACCUUAAAUGUGGUCUGGUCACUCUCCAAGCUCAAAGCUUCUGUCUGGAUCCCCUUCACAGGACGGAGAGCAGACGCCGGGCCAAACCCACACCUGCCGCCCUGGUGGAAGCCAUCAGACCGGGGCGUGUUGCUCCUCACAACACAGGGCGCCCCCGCCCGGUCCGCUGGGAAUAUGAGGGGCUGUGGCACUAAGCUUGUCCUCGUUCUCCCUCCUCACGCCCUUGCCAUCUCGUGAGAACAAGAAGCACCCAGGCCACUGAGAGCUGUAUGCUGGAGGAGCACAGAGCAGGCGGCCAAACCUAUACAACCGACCAAACCUGAGCGCUUUUCUAGUCCCGCCUUCUGCUGGCUAAAGCCUCGGGUCAUCUUAAAGCUCCACCCACCGCAGGCAAGCUGCUCUGUGGCUGCUGCUGGGUCCUAGUGCCACACUUUGCUCAGGACUCCAACCCCAAGGGAGAGAAAAGUCAGCGCCAUGCUAGUAAAUGUUUAGCAACCCGUUCUCUAAGGGCAAACUAGCCCCCAUUUGUAGUGUUUUCUGACUUGUGUGGUGUAAAUACUCUUACCGUGGCUGAUUUCAAACUACUAAAAUGAUGUUACUCAACUUGGGAGGAGAUGCCAAGGAUCUCUCUCCUGAGCUGGCUGUUCGGAUAUUUCCCUCUUUAAAACUCUACAGUACCUGUUCAUGACAGUUCACUGUUGUUUUGGUUGGUUUGUUACGAACUUCAGAUUGAUCUUCCUACCUGUACUGCUUAGCAUCAUCUCUGGCACCCGACAGCACUUAUUUACUUUGCAGCCAAAGAUGGCUUUUCUGCCCAACAGAUAAAACCAAAUGCCACCUUGAGACACCCCAGAUUCAAAGGUCCCAAAUUCCUCUGGGCUUCUCGGGACUUCUCUUCCCCAGUUGGGUUCACAACCUCAGAAUUCCCUGGAGGAGCUGUUGGUGUAGCAGUCCGUGUAGACUGUAGUGAUAUGACCUGUAACAAAUUUGUCUGUAAAGUGUUGGUAUCUAGAUUUGUGUGGCACCAAGGGGUGAUUUGGAAUUGUCCUGCAGGAUAGUGGAGUCAGUUACUUCCCUGCUUCACUUUCUGACAAAGCUCAGAAGAGCCUGAAAGGUAUGUUGGGAGAUUGUUGUCACUGGGGAUGGUGGGAAGAAUUUGGUCUGCUUCUUUAGUAAUAGGGUACCUGGUGGGAUGACAAGCCACUGACUACGAACACUGGAGGCUUCUCCAACAAAGCGGGAAGGCAUCCAAAUCUCCUCUAGCUGGAGCAGAAAGGACCCAGUUCUCUCUCUCUGCUCUCAGGCUCCUUUUACAAAAACGGAGGGAAAUUAGUUUUCACACUUCUUCCGCAAAAAAUAAACUGCCUU